AUGUCACCCAAGUCACUUCGAUCAAUUUUUGGGUUUGGAAGCGAAUACAAUCAAGUUUAUUCCAUGGAAAGUUUCAGCGAGAUUGAUGUUCAUCUGGACAAUGAACUCAAAUCGUUUCAACAUCAAGUCUUCAACCAAUUCAAAACUCUUUCAGAAUCACACGAUGACGAAUUCCUCUCCCUUAAUUGGCUAUCCAAACUGUUAGACGCUUUCAUUGCUUGUCAUCAAGAGUUUAAAACCAUUCUAACAAAGCACAAGGUAGAUUUCACGAAACCUCCUUUAGAUGAAUCCCUUAAGGAGUUCUUGAAUAAGAGUAUCAAGUCUCUUGAUAUAUGUAACGCUAUUUGUUAUGGGAUUGAGAAGAUGAAGUAUUGGCAUAAGUACUUAGAGAUUGUUUCACGUGCUUUAAAUUCAGAACACAAGAUUCUGAUAAGUCAAGGGCAGUUUAGGAGAUCAAGGAAAGCAUUGAUAGAUUUAUACAAUAUCAUGUAUGAUGAUAGUAAAGAUUCUAGAUGGUUUUCUUCAAGCAAACUCAAAUCUUUAAAAUCAAAAGACCUCAAUCGCGAUAAAUGGCUCUCAAAAUCUCUUUCUUGGAGUGUUCAUAGUUCAUGGUCAACAAGUAAGCAACUCCAGUCAAUGGCAAAAGCACAUGAAAUCACCAACACAUGUGGCCUUGCAAAUGUUGUUUUCACCAUGAAUUUUGUUAAUUUGUUUGUUUCGUGGGUAUUAAUGGCUGCCACUCCUCAAGAUAAAUGUCUCCACACUAAUAUAUCCAUACCUAGACAUUUCUUAUGGAGUACACCAUUUUCGUUGAUUUAUGUUAGAAUCAUGGAUGAAUUCAAGAAACGUGAUAGCAAGAACAAUGUUGGAUUGUUAAAGGAGAAUUACCAGAUGGAAAAAUCCAUUCAUUUUGUUGCAAACUUGGUUGACUAUGCUCACGACUUUUCGUUGACCCAAGAACAAAGGGCAAAAGUGGAAUUGGGAGUUAAUGAAGUCGAAUUGGUUAAUGAUGCGUAUGAGAAGUGGUUGCAUCCAUUGGAGUGCCAAGUGAGAUUAGUGUUUCGUGAAAUCAUGUCCAUUCGCUUAGAGGGUCUUGAGAUCUUGACCAGGUCAUGA